CAUAACGUUCCGGUUCCUGUCACGAUCCACCAAAAGCAACCACGCGUCCCGAAUGCUGCACCCACCCGGUCCCGCGUCCCUGCUUUUUCCCGUUCACGCACACACACGCGACCGAACCGCACAAACGCGCUCGGCGCUUCCCCACCCAAAAAGGAAAACCAACCACCACUCCCACCACCCUCCGCCUCCGCCUGCGCCACAGCUGCCGAUUCGAAAGCCCUCGUCCUGACCCCUCGCAAAACCCUAGCUCCAACCACCAUGAAGGGCAAGGCCAACGCCUCCAAGAAGGAUGAGGCCAGGCUCCGGGCCGGCGGCGGCGGCGCCGGAAAGCGCAAGAAGGCCGCCGCGAGCGGCAAGCCCAAGCGCCCUCCCUCCGCCUUCUUCGUCUUCAUGUCUGAAUUCAGGCAGGAGUACCAGGCGCAGCACCCUGGCAACAAGAGCGUUGCGGCCGUGAGCAAGGCAGCAGGGGAAAAGUGGCGCUCUAUGUCAGAGCAAGAGAAGCAACCCUAUGUGGACCAAGCUGGGCAGAAGAAGCAGGACUAUGAGAAGACUAAGGCAAAUAUUGAGAAGGAGAGCACAAGCUCAAAGAAGGCUAAGACUGAUGACGACGAUGGCUCGAAGUCCGAGGUCGAUGAUGAGGAUGGCGGUAGUGACGAGGAUAACGACGACGACGAGUAAAUAGUAUUUCCGCUGUUGUGAGGUAGCAAAUCGAUUGUUAGGUCCCCAAUUAGCUCACUGGUUUGCUAUCUUUAAUGUUAAGUUGUUUGGAACAGGUGUUUAUGAAGGGGAUCUAUUAGUUUCGUGAGGUUGUUAGUUUAGUGCAUUAGCAAAGAAAAAGCCGAAUGCUGCUAGCUAUUAUGUUGCUUUUCUUUUGCUAAUCACUUGUGUCACAACUUUCUGUACCUGUUUCAUUGACUAAUCUAGUGACUAGUCAGUUAUGGGUUUAAUGUUUGGUUUUGGUUUUAUAUAUUUCUUUGUUGCAUUCUGUGCGGUCUACGGAAGUCAUCUGUGCUGUAUGAAUGAUGAAUAUCUGCUUGUGGCUCGUUUCAGUUUAGUGAGUUUUUGUUUUGUGA